GGACUGCAUAAUCUUCAUGGAAACUUUAAUGUUCCAAACAUGCCAGGUGCACUUGGAUCGAGAAGUACAACUAUGAAUAACAUUGCUUCAAGUGGGUUGCAACAAGCUUCUGGCAACCUUUCUACCGGACGUUUUGCAUCCAACAACCUUCCAGUUGCUCUUUCUCAGGGAUGGCAAGUAGGGGUGGUAUGAAUGUCAUAGGAAACCAAGGGUAUAGUAGCAGCACUAAUGGAGUUGGUGGUUCUAUCCCAGGGAUCCUACCAACAUCUGCUGCAAUUGGCAAUCGGACGUCUGUUCCCGGUCUUGGUGUGUCUCCGGUCUUAGGAAAUGCAGGGCAAUGGAUUACAAGUUCAAUGGGUAGUAUAGUUGGUGGGGGCAACAUUGGCCGAAAUAUUAGCUCAGGUGGAAGCAUUACACACUUUCAAGACUUUGUGGUCUGGAAUUAUACCCCCCCUCCAUCAAUCAACAAUAGCAUCAAGAUGGAAGUUGGAAUUGAGGACUGCCUUCAUAUCGAGUUUGAGUACAAUAAGGGUAAGUAUGCAAUGCUAACUCUCAUGACUCAGAACCUCCUACCCCCCAUGCACUCAUGA